AUGAAUUGCUGUGCACAUAAUAAUCAUUUAUUGUGUUCUGAUCGUGCUAACUUCGUUCAAUACCCCUCCUAUUUGAUCCAACAGAUGCUUUCAGUAUCUUCUCGCAGACUUAUACAACUUACAGCAGCUAGGAUGACAGAUCACUCAAUUUAUCAGUUUAAAGUCAAGGAUGCAGAUGGAAAGGACGUUUCUUUGGAGAAGUACAAGGGAAAAGUAGUUGUCAUUGUCAACGUUGCAUCACAAUGUGGUUACACUAACUCCAACUACACCCAGCUCAAAGAAAUUCUUGACAAGUAUCAUUCUAAAGGUCUCGAAGUAGCAGCAUUCCCGUGCAACCAGUUUGGAAACCAGAUUGAUGUGUCACUGAAAGAUUUACUUGAAUCCCUCCCAACAUCUCAGGAACCUGCCUGUGAGCUCGACAUCAAGAAGUUUGUGAACGACAAGUUCAAAUUCGAGCCUGAUCUAUACGCUAAGAUUGAUGUCAAUGGUGACAAAGCGGAGCCCCUUUACAAAUUUCUGAAGAAGGAAAAGGGUGGGACUCUGCUCGAUGCUAUCAAGUGGAAUUUUACCAAAUUCUUGGUGGACAGAGAAGGAAAGGUUGUGAAAAGAUAUGGACCAAACACAGAGCCGAAAGAAAUGGUAAAGGAGAUUGAAACUCUCUUGGGUCAAUCAACCAAACUCUAA